UCUUGGAACGGGACAACACUUUCUGCCCAGCGGAGAAUAGUAUUUUUGGAAAAGUUUUUCUCUUGAAAGCAUGUCCAAAUAUAAGCCAUGGCAGGUUGGUUGCUGUCUCUGUAUCGGUUUAUUUGGUGCUAUAAUAUUCAUCUGUCUCUGCAUACUAGCCUUCGGCGUAUUUAUCCACCGAGGAUGCUCCGAGGACACGUACAAGCACGCGGCGGUUUCUGCGGACUCUAAACUUUGCUCGGACAUUGGCAGAGAUAUACUGCAACAAGGAGGAUCGGCAGUAGAUGGCGCCAUUGCAGCUCUGUUGUGCACCUCACUGGUCAACCCUCAGAGCAUGGGCCUGGGAGGAGGCUCCAUAUUCACUGUUAGGGACAAAACUGGCAAGGUGAAAACCUUCAGUUCGAGAGAGACUGUUCCACAGUCAUUCAAAGCUGAUCUGCUGAAGGGCUGUCCAACAUUUGUCACAUUUAUCACAGGUAGUCAGUGGAUUGGCGUUCCUGGAGAGUUGCGUGGGUAUGAGGUGGUUCACAGAAUGUACGGGAAGCUGCCCUGGGCCAGGCUGUUUGAGCCCACCAUUAGACUGGCCAGAGAAGGAUUUCCUAUGCCACCCUUCCUGGGAUCCCUCCUUAACAUCACAAUCAUAGGAAACCUGGUGAAAGCAACAUCACUCUGGUAUGAGGUGUUCUGCCACAAGAACAAGACGGUGCUGGGCAUAGGAGACAUGUUGAAGUUCCCUAAACUGGCAGAAACCAUGGAAACCAUUGCAGAACAAGGUGUAGAUGCCUUUUACACUGGCCAAAUUGGACUUGACUUGAUCCAAGACGUAAAAGCAGCAGGUGGGACCCUUACCAUGGAGGAUCUGAAGUCAUUCAGAGUCAGAGUGGAGGAUGCCUGGACUGUUCCUCUUGGCGAUUACCAGAUGCACAUCCCUCCACCUCCUGCAGGGGGAGUCAUGCUUGCCUUCAUCCUCAACCUUGUUAAAGGGUUCCAUUUCACCCCCAGGUCCAUGGAGGAGGACCAGAAGGUCCUGACCUAUCACUGCUACAUAGAGGCAGCUAAAUUUGCUAACGGACAGAGGAAGAGCGUUCACGAUCCUGUUUUCAACACUAAAAAAGAUGCAUCGUAUAUGGUGGACUCUGACUUUGCUGAUCGGAUCAGGGUAUUGAUCAGUAAAAACUUUACCUAUAAUGACUCCUACUACAACAUAACACCUUCCCCUGACCGCUUUGGGACCACACACGUGUCAGUCCUGGCUGAAGAUGGAUCUGCAGUCUCUGUCACAAGUACCAUCAACCAAAUUUUUGGUGCAGGGAUUUACUCUAGUAGAACAGGCAUCAUCCUCAACAACGAGCUGGCUGACUUCUGUUUUAGAGCAGAGAGAUUGAGUGCAGGUGAACAGCCUCCCUCUUCAAUGGCACCAGCUAUACUGAGCUCCAGCUCUGGGAAAAAUACCCUUGUAAUUGGGGGAUCAGGGGGUAGCAUGAUCACGACCGCCAUGGCCCUGUCCAUAAUGAACCACCUUUGGUUGGGGAUGAGUUUGAAAGAUGCCAUUGCUGCUCCUAUAGUGUUCGUCGAUGGCAACAACAAUGUGAAGUUUGAGAAUGGCUUUGAUAAGUCUGUGAUAGAGGCCCUUAAGAUCAUUGGACACAGAGUGACAGACUACAAAUACUUCUUCAAUGUGGUCAAUGCUGUGGCCAAGGAGGACGGAUGCAUCACAGCCGUGUCAGAUGCCAGGAAGCAGGGCAAAUCUGCUGGCUACUGACCAAAGGUUUACAGCCAAUUAGUUGGCUUUAGAACACUGUACAGUAGGUCCCAGAGGACAGUACUUUUAGUGAGAUUUAUUUUUUGUAAUUCUAUUAUCUUCAUAUAUGAACAUUUUUAUCUAAACCAACAGUCCAGAGCCUUAAGCAGAAUCAAAUGGCCCUCUUGACAAAAUACUGGAGUUUCUAAUUUGACCAAGUACAUACAAUUAUAUGCUUGUUCUUAAUGACUAACUGUACAGUACACAGGGAUUAUAGCACAAGGGAGGUCCCGAAGGAACUCAAAUGGGAAGAGAAGGUCAGUACAGCCUGUCAGCCUGUACUAACAUGGGACUCAUACUGUGACCACAAGGACUUGUCAGAUUCAGGACAGGACAUGGUACAACAUGUUACAACUCAAUCCUCCAAGUUCAUUUAUUAGUCCCUCUCUGGAGUGUUGCAGCAAUACUCUGAGACUCACACUUUGAGAUAAAACAGGCUUUUUGCAGCCCCCUUCAGUGUCAGAAAGGAGCUCCACUGCCUAAUAAUACUAAAGCACAGUUUGCUGACUCUAACAGCUACCCAAUCAGUUUGCUGCCUAAUCUUAUUAAACUGGUGGAGAGAAUUGUGUUUGACCAAAUACAAUGCUACUUUUCAGAGAACAAAUUAACUACUGACUUUCAGCAUGCAUAUACAGAAAAGCACUCAACUUGUACUGCACUGACUCCGAUGACGGAUGAUUGGUUAAAAUAAAUGGAUAAUAAGAUGAUAGUUGAAGCUGUAUUGUUAGAUUUCAAUGCAGCCUUUGAUGUUAGAUCAUAAAUUGUUAUUGAAGAAACUCACAUUGUCUUUACAUCACUUGCCAUCACAUGGUUGGACAGUUACUUAUCUAUUAUAACCCAGAGAGUGUUCUUCAAUGGAAGCUUCAUUAAUAUCAGAUAUGUGGGGUGUCCCUCAGGACAAUUCCACACUCUACAUGUCAGCACCCAAAGUCGGUGAGCUCACAAAAUAAAUAAAUAAAAGAUUGUCAGUUUUAGAAUGAGUGAAUAAUAAUAAUAAACUGGUCUUACAUACAUCUCAAACUAAAAGCAUUGUAUUUGGUUCAAAACAUUCUCUAGGCCCUAAACCUCAACUGGAGUUGUACAGAAAGGGUGUGACCAUUGAGCAAGUUGAGGAAGCUGAAUUCCUACGCACAGUACGUAUAACACUGGAUGGUCAAUUAUCAUGGGCAAGUCAUAUUGGCAAAGUUGUUGUGAAGAUGGGGAGGGGUAUGUCUUUUAUAAAAAGAGGUUAUGUGUUUGAGACAAAUCAACUUGGCAUGUAUAACAAGGCAAUUAGAAAUUCCAGACAAGCUCGUUUUCUAACUUGAUCACUAAGAUCGGGGUGGCAGGGUUGCCUAGUGGUUACAGCGUUGGACUAGUAACCGAAAGUUUGCAAGCUCAAAUCUGUCCUUCUGCCCCUGAACAGGCACUUAACCCACUGUUCCUAGGCCAUCAUUGAAAAUAAGAAUUUGUUCUUAUCUGGCUUGCCAAGGUAAAAUUAAAAAAUAAUCUGAAUGUGUUUGAGACAAAUCAACUUGGCAUUUAUAACAACCAUUGAUGGCCUGAUUUAUUCCUACCCCUGCAAGCAAACCUGUGAACUUUCCUCCACAGCUAAAAGCUCAAAUAACACCUAGCUUUUCAUCUGGUGUUUUAUCUUUAUUCCACUUUAAUUUAAAUAUACGGCCAGAUUCUCUCUGUGGUUUGGCGCCAACAAUAAGUACUUUGGCCUUGUCUUGAUUUAGCUGGAGGAAGUUGUGAGACUUCCAAGUAUUUAAAUCACUAAUACAGUCUAAUAAUUUAUCCGUGUAGCUAAAAUCCUCUGGUGACACAAAUGUAAAGUUGUGUAUCAAGUGCCAACUGUAUUUUAGAAAAAUUCCAAUCUGUUUUUUGUGCCCACUACAGCACAGAGACAGCCUUAGUUAAGGUGGUAAAUGAUCUUAGUGCUAACACAGAUGCCAAACAGCUCUCCGUCCUUGUACUCUUGGAUUUAGGUGCUGCAUUCAACACUGUUGACCAUGAUGUCCUCUGGAAAGACUGGAGAGGUGGGUUGGCCUCUCAGGUCCAAUUAUAAAUUGGUUCAGGACCUAUUUGACAGGUUGAGUUUUUUUGUGACCCAUGGUGAACAUAACUCAGAGAAAAUACUACCACCUGAGGAACAUUGCCAAGGCGCGGCCAUUUCUCUCUCAGGCUGAUACAGAGAGACUCGUCCAUGCUUUUAUUAUAAGCAGGCUUGACUACUUUAGUGCUCUCCUGUUUGGUCUACCCAAGAAAGCUAUUGGUCAACUGCAAAACAUACAGAAUGCUGCUGCACUGGUACUGACCAAGACCAGACGGAUAGCACACAUUACACUGGUUUUAAGGUCUCUGCACUGGCUGCCUGUGAGUUUUAGAAAUUCAUUUUAAGAUUCUUAUAUUGCUUUUUAAAUCAAUCCAUAAUUGUGUACCCCAAUACAUGUCAGACAUACUUUUUAAGUUAUGUACCCAGUAAGUCCCUCAGGUCCUCUGGUACUGGCCUUUUAACUAUUCCAAAGCCUAGGACCAAGAGGCAUGGAGAGAUCUUAAAACACCUUUUUAGCUUUGCUUUUCCUUAGUUCUUUUUAGUCAUUUAGUUUUUGUUAUUCUUUAUUUUUUUUAUCCUCUUAUUGUGUAGUAAAUAUUUAAGUUUGUUUUUCCUGUGAAGCACAUUGCGUUGCAUUCCAUGUCUGCAAUGUGCUGUAUAAAUAAAGUUGGAUUUAUACUAGUUGUUCAGGCUCUGGUCUUGUCCCAUCUUGAUUACUGUCCGGUAAUAUGGUCAAGUGCAGCAAACAAUGACCUAGCAAAGCUGCAGCUGGCUCAAAAUAGAGCACACGCCUUGCCCUUAACUGCACAUAUAGAGCUAACAUCAACAUGCAUGCCAGUCUAUCCUGGUUGAGGGUUGACGAUAGAUCAACUGCUUCUCUUCUAGUUAUGAGAAGUAUUACUGUAAUGAAAAUUGCAGAUUGUCUGCAUAAUCAAAUAACAUUCAGCUCAGACACCCAUACAUGCCACCAAGGGUCUCUUCACAGUCCCCAAGUUCAAAACGUAUUCACGGCAAUGCACUGUAUUAUACAGAGCCAGAACUCCCUUGGAUCUCCAAAUACUCGGAUUUAGUUUUUGUGGACCCCAGGAAGAGUAGCUUCUGCCAACGUUAAAUGGGGAUCCAAAGAAAAAACGGUACAUAGAAUAAAAUCAAUGUCCGAAAUAAGUAAAUUGGUAAGAGUUCUGAAUGCCAUUGCGCAAUCUUACAGAAGCUAUAAUAACACGUGUGAAAAAUAAUGUACACACAGUGAGAGUACGGUACUGUAUUAGCUUUUGAUGUAUUGCAUUGACAUCACCAGGGCCUGUUGUCACAUGUACAGGUUUAUAUUGAUCCCCCUCCAGGUCUAUUCAAAAUUCAACCAGUGUUAACUUUCAGCAUUUAGCUCCGUCAUGUCUGCAUUUAGCUCCGUCAUGAAUACUAAUUACUUUGACUUAUUAUUUUUGCCCUAAAGGAAGUGAGAAUAGCUUCUUUAUUUUUUUUAAACAAAUGCAGUAAUAGUAAUGCGAUGUUUCAAUAGAUCCUCCCAGGCACUAGAUGUGAAUUAUGAAAACAUGCAAAUAUACUACCCGGUGUUGGUGUCUGGUGUUCAUGUGGGAUCAUUUGGAGUAAAGGAGCUCAGUCUUUGGUAUAGAUGUAAGAUCUUAAUUUGAGCCAGUUUGCUACAACAGGAAAAUAAUCCUGCAGCAACAGGAAAUGUGAAUUAUAAUUCAUGGACAUUUUUGUAGGGGUUGAUACAUUUUCCAUAAGGGAAAAUCAAGUCUGAAAUACACUUUUUGUUUUACAUUUCCUGCAUUGCAGGAUGUUUUUCCUGCAACAGGGUGAACAAAUUAAGAUCCUACAUCUAUAUGUGCCCAAGUGUUUCAUCAGGAUUAGCUAAAUGAUAUUAAGGAAAAUGCUUGAAUAAAGCCUUAGUUAAUCAACUUUCCAAUACAGAAUGUUCUCUGUCCAGGGCAUUUCAAAGCUGUAAAAUUGUUGCGGUAAAAUAGUUGUUAAAAGCUUUGCCUCUGAGUUUUUGUCUCUGUUUUAUAUCCUGCUUUCCAAACUUUAAGUACUUUGUUCCUUUCUAACUAUACAGUAAGAGAUGUGGUAUGACCCUGUCAGAAGUUACAGUAUUAAUGAGGUCAUGUCAUGAGCUGUUGUUGAAGUCUGUUGAUGGGAAAUUGUUAGUCAUAUAGUAUAGCUCGCUACCACAUGCGUUUCCUGCUGUGACAUUUAGCCUUUUACGGUAGGUUAAUUCAUCCCCACAUACACACUUUGCCCAUUGACCAUAGUACAUAUACUAUGUCCAAAAUGUGAUGCCAAUAGACAGGUUAAAUAUUUUCUAACAGACAUUGUCCCUUUUUGCUAUAUUUGUUUAAAGUGUAUGGUCUGUUACGCAUUCACUAUACCCCUGAGUGGCACUGAGAAUAGUUGCUUUACAUAUGCUUUCAUGUUAUGACAUAAUUUUCUAACAUAUUUUGUGGAAUAUAAAUCAAGGUUUCAUGUUUACUGUCCAAAAAAAUGGAUCAAGUAAAUACAUUUUUGUGGAAAAAAUGUUAUGGAACACGAGAUGAUCAUCAUCAACAUGUUCACUCGUGAGAACAAUUCAACCCUGAAGUAAGCCCGCUUUUACUCUUUGAAACUCUCUGAUUACCUGUGUUUUCAUUGUUGGUCAAUGCUGAUCCAAUUGUUGUAGUCUUGUGAACAUUAUUACAUCCUUAAACUGUUCUAUGGAUAUAUAUUGUAAAUGAUUGAUCUUGAACCAAAAGCAACACAAUUGAUAUAUAUAUAUAUAUUAGGCAAACUGUGAUGAUGAUUAAUAAUAAUCUCAAAAUAAAAGCACCAGUCAUUACCUUUCCUAUUCUGACCGAUGAAAGACAAACAUGAAUAUAGAGAUGGCACUGUUAAUUGGAAUAUGAAAUAUUGAGAUGGUACAGACCGUAGCGAUUAAUAAUCCAAUUAAAACGAUGUGGAGGAGAACUGUGGAUAAUGAAUUGCUCUAUUUCUUUAUAUCAGACUGAGGUAUACUUGGUCAUCAAAGACAGGAUAAGAGAGGAGAUGUUGGAGGGUAGUUUCUCUCCACUUUAUGACACCAAUGAGCGUAGAAAGGUGGACCUGGUUUACCAGAGUGGACUAAGGUUAAAGGGCAUCACCGAGAUGAGGAGAGGAAUGCGUGUAUGUUUCUGUUGGUUUGUAAUAUAGUCUGUGGGGGUGGUUUUCAUCUGAAUUGGAUGCCUAAUCAGCCAGCCUGUCUGUGGAAGCAGGGGUGGGUGUAUGGGUCUCAGUUUGUGUAAACUGGGG